CGUAACAGACAAGUCAACUCUGCAAGUUCGAAGAACUUGCUGGGAAAGUGGUGUGGAAAUGUAAUUUGCCAAUAGCAGCCAAUAUAAAUCUCCCCUCCACAUUGAAAUCCUGUGAGCUUUCCCCAACAACCGUAUCAUUGAGAGUUCCACACGACGACGGUGAAUUCUACAAACUAAACAACUGACUUGUAAUAGUCAGUUCAUAACGAUCGUUGCGACCAUUUAUUCCACAAACCAUGAUACCGUCGCUGGUUGAAGGAGCAGUUCUUGGGGCAGCAUUCGAAACGUUGUUCGGUGAGGUCAAGAUUAUAAUACAGAAGGCUGUCAAGUUCAAAGACAAACUGAAUAGAAUCAAGAGAAAGCUAGAAGGUUUGGAGAAUCCUAUAAAGCAGAUUCAAGCACAGGAAAUGGUAUUGGAUUUGUCACAAUUUAGGACAAAAGAUUUCGUCGAAGAGUUGGAGGAGGGCAAGAAGCUCGUUAGCAAGUGCUUGAGUGUUAGCAAGUGGUGGAACGUUCACAAAUGGCCUGGCUACACAACCAAGCUUCUUGAAUUGGACGAAUCUCUCAAAGACUUAUUGGAGAUACUACAAGCUCAAUUGGGUACUGUUCAGAUGGAGACUCUGAAAUUGGUGAGGCAUAUGCACGCCGAUAGUAUGAGAUCUCAAGAGCCGAAAUUGCAAGAGAGUUGGAAUGCGAAAGGUUUCUGUGAGGUUCCCGAACCGCCGGAGUUUACCGUCGGAUUGGACGCGCCUUUAGAGGAGUUGAAGAUGGAGCUUCUUAGGGAGGAUAGCUCAGUGCUUGUUGUGACUGCUCCCCCUGGAUGUGGGAAGACCACAUUAGUCAAGAAGCUCUGCUGGGAUGAUGAAAUCAAAGAGAAAUUCAACAACAUCAUGUUUGUAAAAGUUUCAAAAAUGGCCGACCUGAAACUCAUCGUACAACUUCUUUAUGAACACAAUGGUCGAGAGGGGCCUCCUCUUCGAGACGAAGAAGAUGCAGCGAUCCAGUUGGAAAGAUUGCUGAAGGAAAUAGGACACAUCUCUAUGUUGUUAGUUCUAGAUGAUGUUUGGUCUGGAUCAGAGUCCCUCAUUAAUAAGUUCAUUUUCCCGAUACCAGAUUACAAGAUUUUGGUGACAUCGCGAUCUGAAUUUCCAGGAUUUAGACCAACAUAUAAAUUGAAGACACUAAGUGAUGAGAAUGCAACAACUCUUUUGUGCCACUAUGCAAUCUUGGCAGAUGAGAGCUCUAACAUUCAAGAUGAUGUUGUGAAAAAGGUAGUCCAGCACUGCAAGAAAGUUCCCCUUGCGCUCGAAUUGGUUGGGACAUUGCUGCGGGGGAGGGCUCAAGAGAUCUGGGAAAGAAAAGUGGAAGAAUGGUCAGAAAAUUCUUCCGUUCUCAGUUUUGAGGACAAGCUGCUCGCUUGCCUAAAAAGCAGCUUGGAUUUUCUGGGUGAAAAAGAUGUUAAACUUAAGGAAUGCUUCAUGGAUCUUGCUUCAUUUCCUGAAGACAAAAGAAUUCCAGCUACCGCCCUCAUUGACAUGUGGACAGAACUGCAUGGACUAAAAGAAUCGCACGCCGCUGCUAACCUUUUCGAACUCCACCACUGGAAUAUGGCGAAUGUUGUGAUCACAAGAAGAGACGCAUAUGAAAAAGACGGCUAUUACAGUGAACACUUUGUUACUCAGCAUGAUAUGCUUAGAGAACUUGCUAUUCAUCAGAGCAGGCAGGAACCAGAAGAACAGAGAAAAAGGUUAAUUCUGGAAUUAAAUGGAAACAAGCUUCCCAAUUGGUGGAAUGAACCAAAUGAGCCAACUUUCAAUGCCCACUUAGUGGCUAUCACUACUGAUAGAAACUUCUCAUCAAAAUGGUGCAACAUGAAACUGCCUGAAGCCGAGGUUCUAAUUCUGAAUUUUCAGGCGGAGAAUUAUGCCUUGCCUGAUUUCUUGAAGAGCAUGAGCAAACUUAAGGUUCUGAUAAUCACAAACCAUGGUUUCUUCCCCGCUAAAUUAAGCAAUUUCGAGCUGCUUAGUUCCUUAACCAAUCUGAAGAGGGUCAGAUUCGAGUGCGUUGUAAUUCCUUCCCUAACCGAAACUUCCAUAAAAUUGGAGAAUCUGCAGAAGCUAUCUUUGUUCAUGUGUAAAGUUGCUCAUGCUUUUGGUUCUAUCAAGAUAUCAGAAGUGUUUCGAAGUCUAGAGGAGAUUAACAUUGACUAUUGCACUGAUUUUGCGUAUUUCCCAGCUGGGUUCUGUGACAUAGUCAAUGAGAAGCUCAAGAAGCUCAGCAUCACACAUUGUCAUAAGUUGUCUAAACUACCUGACGAAAUCGGAAACCUGAUCAAUCUAGAACUAUUGAGGCUAAGGUCCAGCAUUCGUUUGGAAAAUUUACCUGACUCCCUAUGCAAGCUCUAUAGGCUGACCUUUAUUGACAUAUCCAACUGCUUAAGCAUUCAAUACUUGCCUGAACACAUCGGUGAGAUGCGUGGUUUAACAAAGCUCAACAUGACAGACUGCUCGAGGUUUCGGGAGCUACCUCCAACUGUUCUGGACUUGGAAGAAUUAAAAGAGGUGGUGUGUGAUGAGGAUAUUAAAGAACUGUGGGAAAUACAUCCUUUCGAGGAUGAUAAGAAGAUAAAUCUAAGGUUGGCGAAGGAAGAUUAUCACUUGAGAUGGCUUUAGAGCUUCAAUCUUGCGCCCUUGAAAUAUUUUGCUGGUUGAAUGAUUUGUGAUGUACUUUGGUCUUUGUAGUUGCAAGUCUAGUUGAUUGUUUCUCCCUGUUGCUUUAGUUAGAAAUCAUUAAUCUUGUGAAAUUCCAAAUUUCAUUUUAUGGUCAUGGAAAAGCAAUUUGAAAAGGGUAUUAAAGUAUUGCAAUA